UAAAAUUACAGUCCUAAAAACGCAGCGCCAUGGGAAAGACCUCCGAUUGUUGGGCAUUUCUGCGCCGCGGCGAUCCUAAAAACGCACCCAUCUCUUCUAUCCCUAGAACUGGUCUCGUCUGUGAUGCAGCUGCAGCUGCAGAAACCCUCGAUUUCAAUGGUACCCAUGAAGCUCGGAAUUCUUCUUCUGAUAAUUCCAAGCCAUUGCAGACUGUAGUGAGUAAAAAGCAUCCAUGCCAGCUUCUUCAGUUUACAUUUCAGGAACUGAAAUCUGCCACUGGAAGCUUUAGACCUGACAGCAUUAUUGGGGAAGGAGGAUUUGGGUUUGUUUUCAAAGGUUGGAUAGAGGAAAAUGGAACCUCUCCAGCCAAACCAGGAUCAGGGAUCACUGUUGCAGUCAAGAAUUUAAAGCCAGAUGGUGCUCAGGGUCAUAGAGAAUGGGUGGCUGAGGUUGAUUUCCUUGGGCAACUUCACCAUCCUAAUCUUGUUAAACUCAUUGGGUAUUGUAUAGAAGAUGAUCAACGUCUUCUUGUUUAUGAAUUUAUGGCUCGUGGAAGCCUUGAAAAUCAUCUAUUUAGAAGAACCGUUCCACUACCUUGGGCUAACAGGAUCAAAACAGCACUUGAUGCUGCAAAAGGCUUGGCUUUUCUCCAUGGAGGCCCUGAACCUGUCAUUUAUAGAGAUUUCAAAACAUCCAACAUUUUACUUGAUUUAGCAUACAAUGCCAAGCUUUCGGACUUUGGCUUGGCAAAGGCGGGGCCUCGUGGAGACAAAACUCAUGUGUCUACACGGGUUGUGGGAACAUAUGGCUACGCGGCUCCUGAAUAUGUAAUGACAGGACAUUUAACUUCAAAGAGCGAUGUGUAUAGCUUUGGUGUUGUGCUACUCGAGAUCCUAUCAGGCAGGCGAUCUUUGGACAAGAAACGACCAAGUGGUGAACGCAAUCUUGUUACUUGGGCUAGACCAUAUCUAGCCGUCAAGAGAAAGGUUUACCAUCUAGUGGACCCUCGACUAGAACUAAAUUACUCUAUUAAAGGAGCACAGACCAUUGGACAACUUGCUUACAACUGUCUCAACCGAGAUCCAAAAUGUCGCCCUUCAAUGGACGAAAUUGUAAAAGACCUUAUCCCUUUACAAGAUCUCAAUGACUCCGCCUUAUUGUUUUAUCAAUCGCGUGUGUCUCAUCAAACAAGUCUUAGAAAGAAAACCGAUGGAACUCGAGCUCAGCAAUUGGCCUAUAACCGAUCGAUGAGCAUUCCAAAAUGAAUGAUUUUAGUAUUGUUAUUAUUCCUCUUUUUUUCUUUUUGGGUGCUUGCUUGAAGUUUGACAGAGAGCUAUCAAUGUAUAGGUUUGUUCAAUUAGUAGUUCUUUUAGCAGAAGAUCUAACCGUUGAUCAUGAUGGUUUUCUGUAACUCUUGAUUAAUGAUAUCUUUCUGAUUUAU